ACGUAUUUGUUGAAUGCCAACUUAUAUAUAAUAACCACUGACAUACACUCAUUUUUAUUCAUUUAUUUUCUCUUCUUCUUUUAGUCAAACUUCAAUUCAUAACUAAGAUACACUUCUUCAAAAGCUAUACAACAACAAAGGAUUGAAAAAAUUGAAGUUGGUAGUGAAUCUAAAUCUCUAUGGGAUUAUCACUUUCUUUAUUAACAUCAGCUUGGGAAGAAAUUGUUAGACAUUCACUUUUGAAUCUUUCAUUCAACUUUAGUUUUGGUUCCAAAGAUGGGGCUAUGAUUUUAAGAGCAAAAAGUUUCAACAAAACAGAAUCAUCAGAAACAACAAAUGUUUCCACAAAAAGAAACAAUUCAACAAGGUUAGAGGAUUAUAGACCAGAACAUGUGAUGCUUGAAAGAAAUGUUGAAGAAUUGCAUCAUAAGGCAGUGCCUUUGCUUUCAUUGCCUCAAGAAUUUAUUUUCUCUUCACCAAGACCAGUUAGUGAACUUGAUGCUGCUGCAACUAAGCUUCAGAAAGUUUAUAAGAGUUAUCGAACUCGACGAAACCUUGCAGAUUGUGCUGUUGUUGUUGAGGAACUCUGGUGGAAAGCAUUGGAUUUUGCUGCUCUUAGAAGAAGUUCAGUUUCAUUCUUUAAUGUGGAAAAACAAGAAACUGCUGGGUCAAGGUGGGCAAGGGCGAGGACAAGAGCAGCUAAGGUUGGAAAAGGUUUGUCAAAGGAUGAUAAGGCACAAAAACUAGCCCUGCAACAUUGGCUUGAAGCUAUUGACCCACGUCAUCGCUAUGGACACAAUUUGCACUUGUAUUAUGAUAUUUGGUUUGAAAGCCAAAGCACUCAACCAUUUUUCUAUUGGUUGGAUGUUGGAGAUGGUAAAGAAAUAAAUCUUGAGAAAUGUCCAAGGGCAACCCUUCAACGCCAGUGCAUUAAAUACCUUGGACCAAAUGAAAGGGAAGAAUAUGAAGUAAUUGUUGAAAAUGGGAAGUUGGUGUAUAGAAAAGAUGGGAGGCUAGUGGAUACUGAUGAAAAAUCCAAAUGGAUAUUUGUUCUUAGCACCACUAGAGCCUUGUAUGUUGGAAGGAAGAAAAAGGGUGCUUUUCAACACUCUAGCUUUCUAUCUGGUGCUGCAACCACAGCUGCCGGAAGAUUAGUGGCACAUCAAGGUGUACUCGAGGCUAUUUGGCCUUAUAGUGGUCACUAUCAUCCAACUGAAGAGAAUUUCAGAGAAUUCGUUAGCUUUCUCGAGGAGCACAAUGUAGACCUCUCAAAUGUGAAGAAAUGUGCUAUAGAUGAUGAUGCUCCUUCAUUUAUUGGGACCAAUUCAUUUAUUGAAGAAAAUAAUGAAUCACAACAAAUUAUGGGUCCUACUAAAACUUCCCAAUCAAUACCCACCAAUAAUGCCAACAACAAAGGAAUCAAAACCAAUAAUGCAACAGUUAAUGAAGAGGUUAUUCAAGCCAAUAAAUUGGAUGCCCCAAUGUUUGACUUUUCAAAGAGAUUAUCAUGCAAGUGGUCUACAGGAGCUGGACCUCGUAUUGGUUGUGUCCGUGACUAUCCUGAACACCUUCAAUCAAGAGCAUUGGAACAAGUUAACUUGUCUCCUAGGCCUGCUUCUGCAAGACCAUAUAGCUAUGGUCCAAUUCCUUCUCCAAGACCAAGCCCAAAAGUUAGGAUUUCUCCUAGGCUUGCAUAUAUGGGGUUACCUAGCCCAAGAACCUUAAUUCCUCCUAAAAAUUAAGGCCAAUAUGGAAGGAAUUAGGCUCGGUCUGUAUCAUCUAAAUUUGAUUCCCUAUAAUCGUAUAACAAUUGAGAGAAUCGUUUGAUUUAUAGAGGGAUAUUUUCUCUCAUUAGAUCUAACGUUCUCUCUAUAAUUGUUGUAUCGUGCAACUAUUGUAGAUGAUUCAUUUCAUCCAAUAAACAACCUCUAGCUACUAGAGCAUGAGAGGAUUCCUCGUCAAACCUUUUUCACCUAAGGUGACACUUGAAUUGAGGAUAGGUCUUGUGACGGUAAUUCGUAAAUCAGUGAUGAGAAUAGAUAGAUUAACUCUAUUCAUUUUUUUUAGUAUUUGAAUUUGUUUAUUUUUUUUAUUCUUUUAGGAAUUUGGAUAUCUUAUAGAAUGUUUUGUUUUGCAACAAACAUUUGAAUAAAGCUUCCUAUUCUCUUGUAGUGUUUGUGGAACCUUUUUGAAAGGAAAUCAAACAUGUUAUUAGCCUUUUCACUAAAACACAUGUGUCCUUCAAUCAAAUUGUAACUUUUAUUAAUUUUAAAGAAGAAAAUAGACAGAUGAUGUGUUUGUCUUUACGCGAAUAUAAUAUAAAAAUAGUUCAUA